UGUUGGCACGUUUGGUGCGAGACGAGCUUCCUUGGUGCCUUGCACGAUUAUCUUCACCCCGCACAUUAUGUCAGUUCCUUAAGCCUUGAGCUUCAGUAUACUCCCGUGCUUGAAGGAGCGAACAUUCAGUGAUGGCUUCUUCGCAUCAAGUUUAAGUAAACCCGAUAAACGGUGGAACCCGAAACCUUCUUAUGAUUUGCAGAAUCUAGUUUGUUGAAUAUCUAUUGACUUCGGCGUCACAAGCCCGAGGCGCGCAUGCUUCACUGCCAAUUUUAAGAAUUUGUUUUGUGAAUUGCUUCAUUGACGAAUAAUCUUCUUUUGGUGAGAAGUGACACAAAAAACUGGAGCUAUGGCCUGCCCCGAGAGCGUCUACAUUCCUGUCCUCUUACUGUUGUGUGUGACGACGGCAGCCCACGGCGCCAAGUUACCGAAGGUUAGCUGCACUGCACAUGACGGCAGCCCUGGAGUGUGCACGCUGCUGGUUCACUGCACGAAAUUCUUCGCUGAUUUGGCUAAGCUCUCUCGCUCCCCUUGCACCAUCACCGCGCAGCAACAGGGCAUCUGCUGCCCAAACUCCAAAACCAUGCCCAAAGACCCGAACACUCUGGUCAUACCGCAGAAGCCCGCGCCUGUCACCGACCCUCGCAUCAGCACUGAGGAGUUGAACAGAAGCUGUCAGAAGAGCCUCCGGAAGCAACAAGAGCGAGAAAACUUUGAGAAAACUCUUGUGGAGAACAACAUCAUUGCGACGCCAGGCUCCCCAGUAUACCUGCACGCUCGCCUCUUCGAGACGACCAGCGCUGUCGUCAACAGGGGCAAAGGAGGUUCGCUAGUGCUUGAUGCUGGCGCCACCGUAGCUAAAGACCUCCAGCUACCUGAAGCGGAAGCCAGUCAGGCGCUGUCGAACUACAGCGCCACGGAGACCAUCAUACGUGACGUGUGUCCGGCCGUUCCUCUGUGCGACGCCUCCUCCAGGUACCGCACGGCCGACGGCUCCUGCAACAACCUCGCGCAUCCAGACUGGGGCCAGGCAGCCACCCCUUUCUUCAGGCUCCUACCUCCUGUCUACUCUGAUGGAUUCAACAGUUUUAGAACGUCAAGCGAUGGAACUCCGUUACCGUCACCUCGGAGUCUCUCAGUGGCCACAAUCGUGCAUCGCGACGACGUCUACGAAGACUUCACACUCUACAUCAUGCAGUGGGGGCAGUUCCUGGACCACGACCUAACUCACACACCAAUUUCGAAAGGUGCGGAUAAAAGUGACAUUACGUGCUGCAAAGAAGGUAGCAUUCGUCCUCCCCACGAGCUGCACCCUGAGUGCCAGCCCAUUAUAAUCCCCGCUACUGAUCCCUUCUACGGCCCCUUUGGUCAACGCUGCAUGGAGUUCGUUCGCUCAAUGCCAGCGAUCCGCAAAGACUGUAAAUUUGGACCGAGAGAACAGAUGAACCAAAUUACGGCUUAUCUCGAUGCCAGCAACGUAUACGGAUCUUCAGUUGAGGAGAUGAGUAACUUGCGCGAGUUCAAAGGGGGUCGCUUGAAAGCAACAGUCAGAGGCAGUCGUCACAUGCUGCCCCCCAACGUUCACGACCCUCAGUGUGACAGUCCGGCUCCAGACCGGCCUUGUUUUGGCGCUGGUGACUCACGAGUAAACGAGCAGCCGAACCUGACCGCGAUGCACACGGUGUGGAUGAGGCAGCACAACCUCGUGGCACAGACCCUGGCUACGCUCAACCCCACCUGGAGCGACGAGAUCAUAUUUCAGGAGGCCAGGCGCAUUGUUGCGGCCCAGAUGCAACACAUCACCUACAAUGAAUAUCUUCCGAUCGUGCUCGGACGUCAUUUCGUGGAGACGUUUGGUCUGGUGCCGGAAAAAGAGGGAUAUUCGAAUUCCUACGAUCCCUCGGAGGAGGCCACCAUCAGCAACGCAUUUGCGGCCGCAGCUUUCCGUUACGGCCACACGCUCAUCGACAGCAAUAUUCAAGGAUACUCAAGAUUUGGCACAAAGGAGCUCGGCAUGAAGCUGAGCAGCGUUCAGUUUUCGCCGUUCUUCCUAUAUGACGAGGGCGCUCACGAUGCUCUCAUCCGAGGGCUGGCUAUCAUGCCCAGCCAGAAAUUCGACAACUUCUUCAGCGAGGAGUUGACGAACCACUUGUUCGCUCGCAACAACUCGUUCGGCAUGGACCUCGUAGCGCUGAACCUGCAGCGCGGUCGCGACCACGGCCUCCCGCCCUACAUCGAGUGGCGCAAGAUCUGCCGCAUGCCGCCCGUGACGUCAUUCGAGCAACUCAACGAUGUCAUGCAUCCCGAGGCGAGCCGAUAUCUUUCUUUGCUGUACAAGAACGUGGAUGACAUCGACCUCUUCAUAGGAGGAAUUCUUGAGUUCCCUGUGGCGAAGGCUCUAUUGGGUCACACUUUCCUUUGCAUCUUAGGCGAUCAGUUCUACAGACUCAAGGCUGGUGAUCGUUUUUACUACGAGAAUGGCGGCCUUGAGUCGUCGUUCACGCCGGAGCAGCUGCAGGAGAUCAGGAAGACGAGUCUGGCCAGGGUGCUGUGCGACGCCUCCGAUGCUAUGGGCGUCAUGCAGCCUUUGGCCUUCCUGCACGCUAACUUCACGAACAAGAGAGCCUCAUGCAGCCAUGACAAACUCAUCCCGAAAAUGGACUUCUCUCCGUGGCGCAGCCUACUUUUACACCCCGAAAUGAGAAUCUGUGGUGAACAUCGCGUCAUGGUCGUACUGAUGCUGCUCGCGACGCACGCUGAAUCGCAAAUCGAUCUGCCGCAGGUGCCGUGUACGACGGUGGCGGGUGAGGGCGGCGUGUGUUCGCUGCUGCUGCAGUGCACGACUUUCUUUGCCGAGUUGGCCGUACUGUCACGCUCCCCGUGCCGGCUCACCGGGCAGCAGAUGGGCGUUUGCUGUCCUACCGAGAGAGCGACACCAAGAGAUCCAAGCACGAUGGUGAGACCACCGCCGCCCAAGCCUGUCCAUGACCCUGGGAUGUCUGCCAACGACAUCAACGCCAACUGCCUGCUGGGAAAAGAUAGGGAAUCACUGAGACUUCAGUUUGAACAAUCACUCGUUGCCAACAAUAUCGUGGCUUCGCCAGAUUCGCCCGCCUACCAACACGCGCGGCUCUUCAAGUCAAACCCGGAAAUUCAGCGCCGUGGACGCGCCGCGGCCCUCGUCCUCGAAGUGUCGCAGAUGCUAACUAACAAUUUGUUCGUGCAUAACAGUCUGCAACUCAGCACGGACCAGGCGACAUUUUCGCUGCCUCGAUACCGUGUGAGCAACACGGUGCUGCGCGACGCAUGCCCCCGUAUGCCCUCAUGCGGUGCACCGUCUAAAUACAGGGCCAUAGACGGCGCCUGUAACAACCUUAAUAACCCUGACUGGGGACAGGCGGGAACUACUUUCCUUCGCCUCCUCCCGCCAGUUUAUGCUGAUGGCUUGAGUUCUGUUCGAACAAGUUUUGACGGAAGUCCACUACCGUCCGCACGGAGCCUCUCAGCGGAAGUGAUAUCAGAGAAUAGCAACGUUUAUGAAGACUACACAUUACUUGUGAUGCAGUGGGGGCAGUUUCUCGACCAUGACAUGACUCACACUCCAAUCACUAAAGGCAUGGGGGACUCGGUAAUUUCAUGCUGCAACCAUGGCAACAUCAGACCACAACAAGAACUACACCCUGAUUGCAUGCCCAUAGAAAUCUCACCAACUGAUAGAUUUUACUCUCUAUUUGGACAACGCUGCAUGAAUUUCGUGCGCUCAAUGCCAGCUAUGCCAAGAGGUUGCACCUUUGGCCCGAGGGAACAGAUGAAUCAAAUCACUGCAUUUAUUGAUGGAAGCAACGUGUACGGCUCCACCGAGCAACAGAUGCGAGCACUACGAGCUUUCAGCGGAGGCCUCCUGAAGACCGCGCAGCGAGGACGACGGCAGCUGCUGCCGCCCCAACCCGACAACGAAGAGUGCCAGAGCCCUGCUGCCGACCAGCCAUGCUUUGCCGCUGGCGACACGCGCGUGAACGAGCAGCCGAACCUGACUGCGAUGCACACGGUGUGGAUGCGACAACACAACCUCGUGGCGCAGCAGCUCGCCUCCCUCAACCCUCACUGGAGCGACGACACUUUGUUUCUUGAGGCCCGCAGGAUCGUUGGGGCCAUGAUGCAGCACAUCACUUACAACGAGUACCUGCCCAUCGUUCUCGGUCGCCACUUCGUCGAAACGUUCAACUUGGUGCCGCUGAAGGAAGGCUAUGCCAACACAUAUGAGCCAAAUGUCGACCCAAGCAUCAGCAACGCUUUUGCAGCAGCGGCUUUUCGCUACGGGCACACGCUUAUUGACAGCAACGUACAAGGAUACUCAAGAUUCGGUACACAGGAAAUUGGUCAAAAGCUUCGUCGACUCCAAUUCUCUCCAUUCUUCUUGUACAAUGAAGGUGCCCAUGAUGCUCUAAUCCGUGGCCUUGCCAUACAGCCCAGCCAAAAGUUCGACAACUUUUUCAGCGAAGAAUUAACGAACCACUUGUUCGCUCGCAACAACUCGUUCGGCAUGGACCUCGUAGCGCUGAACCUGCAGCGCGGCCGCGACCACGGCCUCCCGCCCUACGCCCAGUGGCGGGAGUUCUGCAACCUUCCUCCCAUACGCGACUUUGCUCAACUCGCCGAUGUUAUGCCUCCUGAUGCGAGCCGUUACCUCUCGCUGCUGUACCGAGACGUGGGUGACAUCGACCUCUUCCUCGGGGGCAUCUUGGAGUUCCCUGUGGCCGGAGCGCUGGUAGGCCACACCUUCCUCUGCAUUCUGGGGGAUCAGUUCUACAGAAUCAAGGCUGGAGAUCGGUAUUUUUACGAGAAUGGCGGGACGCACAUGGCGUUUAGUCCAGCGCAACUACGCGAGAUUCGUAAGCUGAGUCUCGCCCGCGUUCUGUGUGACACCUCAGACAAUAUUGCAGUAAUGCAGCCCCUGGCCUUCCUUCACGCCAAAUUCACAAACAAGAGAUCGCCGUGUGAAGGAAACGAAAUACCCAAGAUGAAUCUGCAAGAAUGGAAGGAAUGAAAGUACAAUGGGUUCUCAAUUUUUGGAUUUGUAGUUUAUUGCCACAAUUUCACGGAGGAUAUCAAAAUGCUCACCCUAAAUAUGAAUGCUGGGUUUAUAUUUAUCAGGUAGAAUUGUGGCUACAUUAGCUAAUGAGUUUUGUGAAAAAAACAAUCUACAUUGGAAUAACAAAAUACGGCAAUGUGUGUUUUCAAUUCUGUAUUGCACUGUUUGCUGAUACGUCAUAAAACGUGAGUUAAAUAAAAGCAAUUAAUAGCAUUGUUGUUAAAUGAAUUGUUAUUUGAUUACAUAAGAUUCCUUAACUUAAAUUAUUUAAUACGGACAUUUUUCCUGGAUGUUAAAUUUUGAUGUUGACUAAUAUAUAAAUAUAAUAGUUUGAAUGAAAUCCCGGUUUAAAGGUGAACUGCUACGUAUUUUGGCCCGUUCUAAGGCUAUUAUUGUACAUGAAUGAUAAUCAUCUAAUGUCCAUUUGCUUAUUUUUAGAGAGGGCAAAUUAAUAAUAAUUUAUAUGUAUAAAUGAAGGAUCUGAAUAAAGAACUACAAUGAUUAUCAAUACCGUUUGUUCUAUGAACAUUGUUGUGGCUUCUGUCGUCUGUAGCGAAAGGGAGAUAUAUACUUCAUGAUAAUAACUCGCUUGCAGGAUUCCUUCUUGAAAAGUAUUAUUUUCCUCGAGAGCUCCAGUGAUGAAUAUACUUCAAAACAAAAUUUCAAAUAUAGUUCUAGGCUUCUAGCUAGCUUAUUGGUGUUUGAAAACAUAGUACGAAUACAGGGUUCAAGAAUUGUUCACUAUCGCACGAAUGUCCAAAGAAAACAUCUAUAUGUAACCUUCAGCAUAACUGAAUGUAAUGAUAUGCAUUAUUUCAUGUUUGACAUUAAACUUUUAUCAUCUCC